CUCUUUAUCUUAAUCUGUCCUUCACGGUCACACUGAACAUGCCGGGACUGCUGCUCGGAGAUGCAUUUCCUGAUUUUGAGGCGGAGACCACCAAUGGCAAAAUUAAAUUCCACGAAUUUCUCGGUGAUUCAUGGGGAAUCCUGUUCUCCCACCCCAGAGACUACACCCCGGUGUGCACCACAGAGCUGGGUCGAAUUGCAAGACUGAGCAGCGAGUUCAGUAAACGCAACAUUAAAAUAAUCGCCCUGUCCAUCGACAGCCUGGAGGAUCACCACGGCUGGACCAAGGAUAUCCUGGCAUACAACUGUGAGGAGUCUGCUUGCUGCUCGCUGCCCUUUUCCAUUAUAGCGGACAGUAAACGCGAGCUGGCAGUGGCCCUGGGCAUGUUGGACCCAGAUGAGAAGGACAAAGAUGGCCUGCCGCUUACUGCCCGCUGUGUGUUUAUUAUUGGCCCUGACAAAAGACUGAAACUGUCACUUCUCUACCCGGCCACCACCGGACGCAACUUUGAUGAGAUCUUGCGAGCGGUGGACUCACUCCAGAUCACAGCAGGAAAGCGAGUGGCAACACCUGCCGACUGGAGGCCUGGAGACUGUGUGAUGGUCCCUCCCAACAUGUCUGAGGAGGAGGCUGCCUCUUUGUUCCCAGCUGGCGUCUACACCAAAGACCUGCCCUCUGGCAAGAAGUACCUGCGCUACACACCCCAGCAAUAAGCACGGGUAGAGACAGUACUGAUAUUCAACACUCACUUAUGUCACACUUAAUAAAGCAGCUGGCAAUCAUGGACCUUCAGGA